UUCAGUUAUAACGUGUAUCACCACACGGUAGGUUGUUGGUGUCGUUGAUGAACUCCGAAUAGUCCCUAUAUAUAUAUAGUUUUAUUUCGUCGUCAUUAUCAUCGGCGCAGGAAAAUUAAAAAAAAAAAAUAAUAAAACAUAAUAUAAAAUAAUUUUAAACCUCAAGUUUAAAGGGGAAAAAAUUAAGAAGAAAAAAAGAAAAAUAACAAAAAAAAAAAAUUAUAAAAUCUCUAAAUAUUAUCAGAAAUAAAAAAGAAUAAAAAAAACGAGUGAAACGCACAAGAUUUAUAAUUUAAAUAUUAUCUACAUAUCUACAAAUAUAUGCAUAUUUAUAUAUUAUAUAAAAAUUUUAUGCAUAUUAAAUAAUUAUCGCCUUCAUAUAUACUUAUCGUUUGAUAUUCUACGAGAAUUCAAUUUUUACGGCAUUCAAAGAAAAAAUUCAAAAAGGGAAUAUUUGAGAAAAAAAAUUGAUGAUGCGACGUUUUUCGAGAGUUGAAUCAGCACACGAUUUAGUGGACUAUUUGGAUCGUGGACAUACCGCUUAUCGUGAAAAUCGAUGGAAUUUUGAAGUAGCAUGGGAAGUUGCUAAUAAAGUUGGUGGUAUCUAUACUGUUAUUAGAUCAAAAGCAUUUGUAUCAACAGAAGAAAUGGGUGAUACUUUAUGUAUGUUGGGUCCGUAUAAAGAAGCAUAUGCCAGACAAGAAGUUGAAGAAAUUGAUUUUCAAAAAGGAAAUCCAUUACGAAGUGCUGUAGAUGCAAUGAAAUCAAGAGGCUAUAAAUUAGUAACGGGUCGCUGGCUAGUUGAUGGAAAUCCUCAAAUAAUUUUAUUCGAUAUUGGUUCAGGUUCAUGGAAAUUAGAUCAAUUUAAGAGUGAAUUGUGGGAGAAAACUUCUAUCGGUGUACCACAUUUAGAUAUAGAAACAAAUGAUGCCAUCAUAUUAGGUUACAUGAUUGCUGAAUUUAUGGAAGAAUUUAAACGAUAUGCUGAUUUAGAUUCACAAGAUCAUGAUAUUAAAAAUCCUAGAAUUGUAGCACAUUUUCAUGAAUGGCAAGCUGGUGUCGGUUUAAUUGCUAUAAGAACAAAAUUAAUAGAUAUUGCAACAGUUUUUACAACCCAUGCAACAUUAUUAGGUCGUUACUUGUGUGCAGGAAAUACAGAUUUUUACAAUAAUUUGGCAACAUUUGCUGUAGAUGAUGAAGCUGGAAAAAGACAAAUUUAUCAUAGAUAUUGCAUUGAAAGGGCUGCAACACAUUUAUCACAUGUAUUUACUACAGUUUCAGAAAUUACUGGUUUUGAAGCUGAACAUCUACUAAAACGAAAACCGGAUAUCAUAACACCGAAUGGACUCAAUGUAAAAAAAUUCUCAGCUAUACAUGAAUUCCAAAAUUUGCAUGCAAUGUCAAAAGAAAAAAUUCAUGAAUUUGUUCGUGGACACUUUUAUGGUCAUAUGGAUUUUAAUUUGGAUAAAACAUUAUAUUUCUUUAUUGCUGGACGUUACGAAUUUGGUAAUAAGGGAGCUGACAUAUUUAUUGAAUCCUUGGCAAGAUUAAAUGCAAUGCUUAAGGCUAAACAUCCUGAUACAACAGUUGUAGCUUUUCUUAUAUUCCCUGCCAAAACAAAUAAUUUUAAUGUAGAUUCGUUACGUGGUCAUGCUGUUGUUAAACAACUUCGCGAUACUAUCAAUCAAGUACAACAAUCUAUGGGUAAAAGAAUGUUUGAUACAUGUUUAACUGGUCGAAUACCAGAUCCUGCUGAACUGAUUUCUAAAGAUGAAAUUGUUAAAAUUAAACGUUGUCUUUUCGCUUUACACAGAGAUGGUAUGCCGCCGGUUACAACUCAUAAUGUUGUUGAUGAUUGGAACGACCCAGUUUUAAAUUCAAUUAGAAGAUGUCAUUUAUUUAAUAGUACUCAUGAUCGUGUUAAAAUGGUAUUCCACCCAGAAUUUUUAACUCAAACAAAUCCAUUAUUUGGUUUGGAUUAUGAAGAAUUUGUUCGUGGUUGUCAUUUGGGUGUAUUCCCAUCAUAUUAUGAACCAUGGGGUUAUACACCAGCAGAAUGCACAGUAAUGGGUAUACCAAGUAUAACUACAAAUUUAUCUGGUUUCGGUUGUUUUAUGCAAGAACACAUAGCUGAUCCAGCAUCAUAUGGUAUAUAUAUUGUAGAUCGACGUUAUAUUGGUUUAGAAAAUAGUGUUCAACAAUUGGCUGGUUUUAUGUAUGAUUUUUGUAAAUUAAAUCGUCGUCAAAGAAUUAUACAAAGAAAUCGUACUGAACGUUUAAGUGAUCUAUUAGAUUGGAGAGCAUUAGGAAUUUAUUAUCGUGAAGCUAGAGUUAAAGCUUUAGAAACCGUUUAUCCAGAUUAUGUUGAUGAAGGAAAUAUUUAUUCAAAAGUAAAGAAUUUCAACUAUCCGAAACCAUUAAGUGAACCGCCAAGCCCCAGCACUUCAAGACAUACAACACCGGCACCAUCAGUAAGAGGAUCUGAUGAUGAAGAAGAUUCUGUAGAUGAAGAACAUGAAUUACAAGAAUUAGGAUUAUCUCAAAAAGAGGACUAAUUAAAUGAAAGAGCAACUACGGAAAUAAAUAUCAUAAUUUUUUUCUUGUUUUAGGCUUAAAGAAAUUUAAUUAUAUUUUAGAAAAAAGAAAAGAAAAGUUAAAAAAUUUUUAAUAUUAAAACAGUGCCAUCAAUCCACCGAUAUGAAAAACAGACAACCUGCUGCUGCCGUCUUCAAUUUCUUUUUUUUUUUCUUGUUUUCUAUUGAAAAUCAAUGAAUAAUUGUUAUUUGUUCCUAAAAUUGUGUAGUUUAUUUAACUAGACUGUACAAAAUCAUAACAUAUUUAUAGAAAUUUAUUUCUUUUAAAUAACAAAAGGAAACGAAAUAUGUAACUAUCGAUUAUAUAACUACAUAUAUCUCUAAUAUGUUGUGAAAUUUUUAAAUAACUAAAAAAGAAUUGUUAAAUGGCGUU